AUGGCGGAAAAUUCUCCUAACCCAAUCCCUUUCUCGGAACCACCUUACAUCCGUGGCCUCCCUUCGCCGUACAUUACACCCGCACACCGUCGGUUCCAACAAGCAUGUCGUAAAUUUGCGACAGAGAACCUACUCCAACACGCCUUGGAAUGGGAGCGUCAGGGAACAGUUCCCGAACAUGUUUUUGGCACGUUCUGCAAGCAUAACAUGCUUUUGCCCAAUAUGCCUGCUCCCUUGCCCGUAGAUUGGCUGAACCGCCUUGGAAUCAACGAUAUCCUGGGGGUCAAGGUCGAGGACUGGGACUACAUCUACACUGGUAUCUACUGUGAUGAGAUGGCUCGAUCUGGUCUCAGUGGGCCUGGUGGUUCUCUCAACGCAGGAUUCGCCUUUGGAAUCUCACCAAUUGUGAAGUUUGGUAGCCGCGAGCUGCAAGAAAAGUUUUUGCCUGACCUGCUUACUGGCAAGAAGCGAGGAUGUAUCGCUAUCACGGAGCCCGAGGCCGGUAGUGAUGUUGCCAACAUUACCACCACUGCAGUAAAGAGUGCUGAUGGUAAGCACUACAUUGUCAAUGGCACGAAGAAAUGGAUCACCAAUGGUAUCUGGUCCGAUUAUACAACCAUGGCUGUUCGAACCGGUGGCCCUGGAGCAGCAGGUCUGUCUGUUCUAGUCGUCCCUCUCAAGGACUACCCUGGUGUCACGAUGCGUCGCCUUAAGGUCUCUGGCCAAGUGGCUGGCGGAACCACCUACAUCGAGCUCGACGACGUCAAAGUUCCCGUGUCAAACAUCGUCGGCCGAGAGGGUGAUGGCAUGCGUAUCAUCAUGACCAACUUCAACCACGAGCGCCUGGUUAUUGCCAUCGGAGCUACUAGACAGGCCCGAGUGGCGCUCUCAGCAGCAUUCUCUUACUGUCUCAAGCGCGAGGCCUUUGGAAAGACGCUCAUGGAUCAACCAGUGGUCCGUCAUCGUCUUGCCAAGGCAGGUGCUGAGCUUGAGACUAUGUGGGCCUGGGUUGAGCAGAUUUUGUAUCAAUUGACUCAUCUCAGCAAGGAGGAAGGGGAUCGUCAACUGGGUGGCUUGACUGCACUUGCCAAGGCUAAGUCUGGCAUGGUCUUGAAUGAGUGUGCCCAGACGGCUGUUUUGCUCUUUGGCGGUAGUGGAUUUACUAAGACUGGACAGGGUGAAUUGGUAGAAGCAAUUCUUCGUGAUGUCCCUGGUAUUCGUAUUCCUGGUGGCUCUGAAGAUGUGUUGCUUGAUCUUUCCGUCCGCCAACUGGUUAAAGUCUAUCAGACAGAGGAGAAGAAGCUCUUGCAAAACUCGAAGAUUUGA